AUGAGUGCGAAAGGUGAAGACCCAAUCGAGAAGGAUAGCGUGGUCUUUCGGCAUUACUCCGGUCAGCUUCGGAAAAACCACCCUGGCCAGGGUAAAAGUGCCGAGGGAAGUUCCCGGUCAAUCCCUCCAGGAGGCCCCGACUCACAGCACUUCCUUGUCUACGAUCUUGCGGACCAUCCCCGACUCGGGCGAAUGAGAGAGACGGGGGAGAAAAGCGCAAAGAGAACGAUCUGCAAGCGGUACGGGACCGUAGUGUUGAUGGUUGCUGGUGCUGCAAGCAGGGCUAGCCCUGGCCUUUGGCACUCAGUGCCAAGGUGCACAUCUAUCGCAGCCACGACCUCAACCAUCAGACUGACCGGCGAGACUGAGACAGACAGAUAUCAUCACUCAGCAGCCUCACAAGCGAAGGCCAAGCUUUGUGAUGAUGAUGGAAAAAGCAAAAAGCAGACGACGAUCCCAUCGGACAAUUUCUUCACCAACCAUUGAGCAAGCACCUCUAGGCGAGUUAGUUCCGAGUUCCCCUCCUCACCAAGGUAGGGACGAAGAGAGACUCGAAGGUGCCGGAGUUCCGCCCUGCCUACCACAGAGUACCAAUUUUGUACAAACACAACAAGAAACAAAAAAAGAAAAGCACAUACAUACACCUCAA